CCACAGACGACACUCACCCAGGCAGACAGGCAGACGGACAGGCAGACAGGCAGACAGGUUCACACGAUCAGACGAUCAGCCACACCACGCAGACCGAGACGACUAGACAGGCAGACAAAACAGUCAGACAUGAUACGGCACGACACACCCCGGCUAGCCCCUGUAAAGAAAAAGGAUCUCUCUCGCUCACACAUGCAUCAGCCACUCACAUGACCACCGCACGGGCGCGCAGGGACCGGCGCUCAGUGGGGCACGCCUCGAGCGCAGCGGGAUCGAAGCUCGCCGGCAGCAGCACGCCCGAGAUGACAUGCACGAUGCCGUUCUUGGCCUUCACGUCGGCUUUGAUCACGGGGAUGUCGUUGACCAGGACAGUCCCGUUCUCAACCUUGACAUUAACGUCCUCUUCGAGGGCAGUGGUGGCAGCCAGGGGAGCGGCAUCGAUGAUGCUCUUCGAGUCGAUGGCCUUGCCAGCCACCACGUGAAAGAGGAGGAUGUUCUUCAGGAUGGCCACGUUGGCAGGAGUGCACAGCAGCUGGUCCAGCACACCCGCGGGCAGAGCGGCGAACGCCUGCAACGUGCAACGAACGAAGACAGCGGAGAAACGAUGUUGUAACGGCCGCCAUGCUCGCCUUUGCAGGUUAAUUGUCUCACCUCAUUGGUAGGUGCGAAGACGGUGAACGGACCCUCACUCUUGAGUGUCUCGACGAGCUCAGCGGCCUUGACGGCGGCGACGAGAGUGCUCAAGGCCUCGGUGGCCAUGGCUGUCUCAACGAUGUCCUUCUUGGGCUCGCCUGCCACACCACCAGUCUUGCCCGGAUACUUGGGGCCAAGGCGGCGCUGCACACACAAAGGGACACCGAAGACAGACAGAUGAGACAAUCCCUCCUUCAUCGACCCUUGGCCUCUUCUUCGCAUGCUCACCCUGAGCUCGGGCGGGAUGAGCACGUUGUUGAUGAUGUGGACGAUACCGUUGGACGCCUUGACGUCGGGCGUCACCACGCGCGCCUGUCCGUUUAGCAGCAAAUUGGCGCCCUCGGCGCUGGCCGUCACGUUCUGGCCCUCGACAGUGCUGGCGGUGAUGCUGCCCUCAGUGGCGCUCUCGAUCUGCGCGGCGAUGGCCUCGGAGGGCAGCUCGGCUGGCACCACGUGGUAGGUCAGGAUCUUGGUCAGCACCUCAGUGUCGGCCACGAUCUCAUCGAUGCCCUCAACAGCAGCGAACGCCUGCACAACCACACACAGCACACGCAGGACAUGACGAUGGAUCGCUACGUGAGCAAACUGCAUGGUGGACUGACCUCGUUGGUGGGUGCGAAGACGGUGAAGGGGCCAUCGCCCUUGAGGGUGUCGACAAGGUUGGCGGCCUGGAGGGCAGUGACGAGGGUGCUCAGAUUCUCGGUGCCGGUGGCAAUCUCGACGAUGUCCUGCUCGGCCUCGGCAGCUGGCGCAUCAGCAGCAGGGGCGGAAGGGGGAAGGUCAGCACCGACGGAGCCCUCUUGUGCUGGAGCCGGCGCAGCGGCACCACCGGAUGACAUCGAGGGGGCAGACAUCGCAGCCGUGGAGGUGCCAUAACAGCUGGACCCGGCCUGGAGCUUCUGCAGUACACAAACACCAAACACAUCAGGACGGCAUCCUUCCAACCACGUUCCGAUGCAUCAGUGUGACGAUCAUCAUCCUUACGCGGCGCGUCUCAGGCGGCAGGAGGACCGUGUCGAUGACGUGCACGAUGCCGUUGGAGGCCUCCACAUCGGGGAUCACGACCUUCGCCUCGUUGAUGGCGAUGGCUUCGCCCUCCAGAGUCGCCGUCACGUUGGCGCCCUGCACUGUCGCCGCGCUAAUGCCCUCGCCCUCGGGGGCACUCUGGAGAGAGGUCAGGAGGUCGGAUGAGGGAAUGGCGCUGGGGAUGACGUGGUAGGUGAGGAUGGCGGUGAGCGUCUCAGUGUUGUUCAGGAUCUCAUCCAAACCCUCCACGGCAGCGAAUGCCUGCGGACACAGAGACAUGACACGAGUGGACGGGCGUCGAGACGUUCAGUCAGUGGACAGGGGAGUGUGUGUCUCACCUCGUUGGUGGGAGCGAAGACAGUGAAGGGACCCUCGCCCUUGAGAGUGUCCACCAGACCGGCGGCCUGAACGGCUGUCACAAGGGUGCUCAGUUCCUGCAGACAUACACCAGAGCACAGGCGGGGAGCGACGCAUGCCCCCCCACGAUCACAUGCAGUGGUCUAUGUACCGGGGUGGCCAUGGCAGUCUCAACGAUGUCCUUCUCGGCCGCUGCGACACCUGAGAGAACGGCAGACACACAGAUCUCGCAUCAUCCCUCCUUCCGGCAUGAAGCGACGCAUGUAUCACCCACCUGCAGGUGCGUCGGCUGCCUCGGAUGCGGGAGCUGCGGCGGCUUCGUUUGCCGCACCCAUAUCUCCGGCGCCAUUGACCAGACCGACAGCGAGGAGAGCGAGUGCAAGAGUCUUGAACACCAUCGUUGAUGCGUGUGACAGAUGCGUGUGACAG